AUGGCGACCGUUUCCGAUGAGGUUAAGGACGUGAAGAUCGCAGCGGCUAACCCGCCCGCCGAUGACAUCGGCAUUGCCAACUCCGAAGAAAUCAAAGGCGGAGAUGACCAGUAUGAAGUUUUCAAGAGAGGAGAUGGCCAGGUGGACUUCCGGACGGUGAGCUGGAUUCGCGCAUCAGCUAUCUUUCUCAAGAUGCUCUUUGCUACUGGCAUACUUUCCAUUCCGUCGGUCAUGUACGAUCUCGGUGCCUUUCCGGGUGCCGUGAAUCUAGUGGCCUGGUGCCUCAUCAAUGCAUACGGAGCUAUCAUCCUCGGAAACUUCCGCAAUAUGUAUCCGCAGUGCCACUCGGUGGCUGAUAUGGCACACUUAAUCGGUGGGCCUAUCCUCCGGGAGAUCGUGGGAUUCAUGUUCAUCGUGACCUAUGUGAUUACGGCCUCAUCUGGCAUCAUCGGUGUCUCGGCUGCCUUCAAUGCUUUAUCACUCCACGCCAUGUGUACGGUAUGGUGGUCAGUCGUCGCGACGGUCAUCAUCGCUGCGUUUGCCAGCGUCCGGAAAUUCUCCCACAUUGGAUGGCUCACGUGGGUUGGCUUCUUCAGCGUUCUCGUAGCCGUUUUUAUCAUCGUAAUCGGCGUAACCACUCGAGAUCGACCGGCAGUUGCUCCUCAAACUGGCGACUUCGACCUCGGCUACCGUGCCAUUGGCCAUCCUACCUUUGCAGCUGGUAUUACGGCUGCAGCCACGAUCUUCGUCUCCAGCUCAGCCACAUCCGCUUUCCUCCCUGUGAUAUCGGAGAUGCGCAAUCCCAAAGACUACCCCAAAGCGGUGUAUCUCAGCAUGGGUUUUGUGACAGCCUCCUACCUCAGUUUCGCCCUUGUGAUCUACCGCUGGUGUGGGAAAUGGAUCGCCUCUCCGUCUCUUGGUAGUGCCGGCGAAACCGUCAAGCGAGUCGCGUACGGCAUCGCAUUACCAGGUCUCAUCGUCAGUGGGUCCUUGUAUGUGCAUGUUGCCGCCAAGUAUCUCUUUGUGCGAAUCCUGCGCAACUCGAGACACCUGCAGUCGAACAGUCCGACGCAUUGGGGUACGUGGUUGGGGUGUACAAUUGUCCUUGCAGCAAUCUCAUUUGUGCUGGCUUGCGCGAUUCCAAUCUUCACGUACGUAUUGGCCCUUGUGGGAAGUCUCUGCUUUGCCCCGCUGGCGAUCAGUUUGCCCGGGUUGUUGUGGCUAUAUAGCCAUGAUCAUUAUCGACGAGGGAGUGUGAUGCGAACGGUGGUGUAUGGUCUUCAUUGUGCACUUGUUCUGCUGGGAGCCUUUAUGACUGUGGGUGGGACGUACGGGGUGAUUGUUCAGAUCAUGGAUGCUUAUCAUAGCGGGAAGAUCGACAAGGUGUUUUCCUGCGCUGACAACAGCGGAUCGGUCUAG